GCACCGGAACCGACGCCACAUUGGAAAAAGAUGGACUUCCCGCCGGAAAUCUGGGAGCACAUCUUCCGCAACUGUUCCGGCUCGGAGCUGCUGCAGUUUCGGCUGGUGUGCCACCGCUGGAAGGACAUUGUCUUGGGGUCUCCGUCACUGCGGGGCCGGCUCAGCGUGAGGUUCCGAGCUGACAAUACCCGUUCCGGCUUCACUCCGGCCAACCUGCCCCCGGUCACGACGGCCUCCUUCUGCAAGUUUGAAAAGCUCGAGGUUGGCGGCUGGUGGCCGCAGUUUGGGCGGAACAUGGAGAGUCUGAUCUUCCACUCGUGCCAAAUGAGCGUUGGAGAGAUGUUCUACCUGUUACGGCAUUGCCCACGGCUGAAGCGGAUUGAAAUGGGAUACGUAGGAUUUCGGGACGGACCAGCGGACAACAAUUUCAAGCUUGAAUCGUUGGAAGAACUCUCCGUUCUUCUCAUCUACAGCUGUUCCGAAAAUCCUGUCGUUUUCGAUCAGUUUGGACCUAUUUUUCCGCGACUGAAAAGCUUUUCCCUCUGCCUUGCGUGCAAUUGGAAGGCAUCGGACAUUCUAAGCCUGUCCAAAUUCAUCCAGGCGGUUCAGGGCACGCUGCAGAUUCUUCAACUGCCACCUGAUAUCGAUCUGUUUGACUCGCUGGUCAAUUCGGACCGAUUGCAUUUGAAGCAGGCAGAUUUCAGCGUUGACUGCAACUCACCUCACUGGGACUUGAAGCUCUGGACGAAGUUUUGCCAAGGACAGUGGAAGAUGCAGGAUUUCGGCCUCCGUGGAAACAACACCACAAAUGAGGCCCUUUGCAUCGCCGUCCAACACAUGCCCCAGUUGAAGCGGCUCAUUGCAGUUCUCGGUGGCUCAAGCCUAACCCGUCCAACGUUUCUUCAUAAGCUAUCGAGCAGCGUGAAGAGCGCGCAACUCCGGACAACCAAAGUCCCGCUCGAUUUCCGCACCCAGGUGAGUCCAUCCCUGCGAGAGUUCCGCUUGAUUUCCGCAGACAUUCGGCAAGGCAUCGAACACCUCACGACUUGGACGCACCUCGAGCAGCUAAUCCUUCAGAGUUGUAACCUUAGCCGCUGUCCGGUUCCGUCCGGGACGCAAAGAUUCAGCGUCCUCAAAUAUCUCGCUCUAAACAACUGCGAAAUGUCGCCGGAGAUGCUCGAGUUCGUCCUGGGUCGCCAUCCGUUGCUGGAGGGGGUUACAAUUUUUGACUCCCGUGAACUCACAGUGGACGCCAUCGUAAAUCUGCUGUGGCGCUCUCCGAAACUGGAACAGGUUACACUUCAUUUUUGUCCCGGGGUUGCCGAAACGACCGGCGAGGAAAUUAUGGAGAGUUACUUCGAAAAGUACAACCUCGAUGGUGGUUCCAGGAACGUUGAGAUCGCCGUCAAAAAUGACUUCGACUAA